UUAUACGGCUUCCGUACCCACGUUGACUAGCGUAACAGGCAAGCGUAAAAUAUUUCUUGUGUAUUUGUGCACAUUUUAAACGAUAAUGAUCUAAUUUCAGAUGUUGCGGUUACAUUAUUGUUAUUUUACUGAUUUCUUCUUAUUUUCGAUACUUUGAAUACGGAGGCACCGCUAAUAUUAAUUUAGCAUGCUAACUGCGCUAUAUACACACAGGAACGUAUGCACUUUAAAUUCUUGAGAAAUACUGAAGAUCUGGGGAAAUAGAGAAGUGACAGCAGCACAGACUGCUCAGCUGUAAAGUUUAUCUCAAACAUGUUUCCAGAAUUGAACAGUAUUCUCAAUUCCACUCCAGACAGUUUUCUAUCGAGUGACUUUAUCCUAGUGUCAGACAGACGAGCUGAUGCAUCAUUCCUUAUUCAUCACUAUCUGUCUUUCUAUUUACGUGCUGGCUGUAAGGUGUGCUUCCUGGGUCUUGUGCAGUCCUUCAGUCACUACAGUGCUGUCGGUCAGAGGCUGGGAGUGAGUCUGGCCCAGGCAAGAGAGAAGGGUCAGCUUGUGUUUCUUGAAGGACUGAAGGAUUCUGUUGGAGUUUUAUUACAGGAGGACACCAGUCAAGAGACACAACCUUUGAGUUAUCUCAGGUCCCCGGGUGCUGGACUGGAAGGUCUGUUCAGAUUUGUGGAACGUUCUGUGUGUCAGAAUGGAGAUGGUGAUGCCGGUGAAUCAUGGGGUCCUCCGGUGUUACUCAUAGAUGAUCUCAGUGUGCUCUUGAGUUUAGGUGUUAGUGUUGGAGGAGUGCUAGACUUUACCCUCUACUGCCAAGCCACUGUGUGUUCUGAGUUGCAGGGAAAUAUGGUAAUUCUGGUGAGAUGUGAGGAGGAGGACACAGAUGAUGAUGAAGAAGGAUCAAACAUGCUUCAGAGGGGACUAGUUCAUCAGUCUAACUUGACUUUACAUGUAGAGGGCUUACCCACAGGCUACUGCAGGGACAUACACGGACAGAUGGAGGUUUGGUGGCGGAAGGGAGAGACCAUUUGCAACCAACAAAAAAUAUUUCACUUUAAAGUCCACGAUAAAGGAGCAUCGUUUUUCGCACGAGGGACUUCUAGUGCUGUUCUUUAAGGAAUGUUUUCACAUUGAAUCUUACUGAAAUACUGUUUGUUUUAUCUAAAUACAUAUAUUUAAUACAUCACUAGUUGUCUUUGAUUUGUUCACUUGUUUGCAUUACUUGCAAAUGGGGGCUUGUAAAAGUAACAACAUGUAUACAUGUACAUCAAGAACUGGAACAAUGAUGCUAGUAGAUGCUAUUGCUUAAAGAGACACAACAAAGAAGAAAGAUUCAUAUUUAGUUUGGAAAUAUUUAAAUAUAUAUUUGAUUUCUCACUGAGAGCUAAAAUGCAAUUUCGCCAUGAGUUUGAAGACAAAUUUGCAUCUUUAUUCUUUUCACUAGAGGAGACCAUUAGAAUCUUAUGAUUGUUUUUUUGCUACAUAUGAGAUUCUCAGCUGUAGAUUAAACAGUGGUUCAUCUGUGAAUGAGGUAUUUUCAUUUACAGAAAAAAAUAUUUGUAGAUUGUGGAAUAAAUAACAAUAAAACUUUUCACAGAGGG